GCAACGACAGUCAGGUGACUGUCUGCAGACAGAACAUGGCUGACCUGUCAGAAGACCAAUGAGGGACAGGCCAAAGUUAGCAUAAUCGAUCUGGUUUUUGACGUGCUUUCUGACCACAGUUGAGCGGUGUGGACAGCAGUUGACCGGAGGUAUUCAAGAUGAGUGGGUUGCCGGAGGGAAUUGCAAAUGGCCCAAGCAGGAGUCAAUAUUUAGAGAAAGAUGCUCAGAUUUGGGAAAGACCCUGGACUCUUGAAGAGAUGCGGCAGAACAGUGCCAACUGGUCCUUGGCAGCCGACGCAGGGCUCUUUUUGUUCCUCCAAGAGUUCUCCCAGAGAAUGCUGUCAAAGACGCACGAGAUUGAAAAGCAGUUGGACAGUCUGAUCCGUGACACCAAGGCCACAGACAGCUGCUUGCACUCUGUCUUUAACGACUUUCUCAUGCUUUCCAAUACACAGUUUAUAGAAAAUAGAGUAUAUGAUGAGGAGGUAGAAGAGACUAUUCCCAAGGCUGAUGUGUUGGAGAAGCCGCCUGAGCAGGAGAAGACUCGCGAGCAGAAAGAAGCAGAGUUGAUCCCUAAGAUGCAGGAAGCUGUGAACUACGGUCUGAGAGUGCUGGAGUCAGCCUUUGAGCAUCUGGACAUCAAAGCAGGAAAUUCUGACUCAGAGGACGAGGAGGUCACAGACAGAGUGGAGGCCAUCCUGGAGCCCAAGGAUCUUUAUGUGGACAGACCUCUUCCAUAUCUGAUUGGUUCCCAGGCCUUCAUGGAACAAGAUGAUGUUGGACUUGGUGACCUCUCAAGUGACGAAAUGUCAGUUGACAGUGACAGAGACAGCGUGAUCGAGAGCGAAGAUGGCAAAGGAGCAGUUCACUCAGAUGAGGACUUUGAUCAGGAGGAGGAUGAUGGUCACAAUAAUAUUAAGAAGAAGUCCUCCAUGUUGAGUUAUGAGGAUGAUGAAGAGGAGGAGGAUGAGGAUUCUGACAUAUUUGGAGAAUCAGACAGGGAUGAUGACGAUGACAUAAAGAACACGGGCCCAUCGUCUUUUGCCGAUGAGCUGGCAGCCCGAAUCAAAGGUGAACCAGUUAACAAACCAGAAGGAGAUCGUGCAUCAUUGACAUCUAAGAAGAAAAGUAAAGGCAGGAAAGAACCAAAGCCCGCAAAGCCACAGGCAGCCGAAGAUGACAGCGAUGACAUGUUUAAGCCACCAAAGAUGGAUGAUGACGACUUCUCGCCAUUCGGUGGGAAAGGUGGCCUCUUCAGUGGGGGGAGAGGCCUAUUUGACGAUGAUGACGACGGUGAUCUUUUCUCUGACGCACCAAAACCUCCUGUGUCCGAAGAGAAGAAGGUGCUGAAUGAAAGCAUGAAAAGCACAGCUCAAACUGCUGAAUCUGACAAACCUGGAAAGAAGAUUCCAUCGGGUGCCAUUUCAGUAUUCCCAGGUAACAGCCUGUUCAGUUCAGGGAAUGACUCGGAUUCAGUGGAGAGCAAGGAGAACGGAACUCCAGCUGCCUCCAGACAGCUUCCUGUGGCUGCUGUUAGUGGGGUAGGAGGAGGGCUGUUUGAUGACGAGGAUGAGGAUGAUGACUUCUUCAGUGGUAAAAGCCUGACAAAGUCCGACUCUGCUGGACCGGAGAAAUCUAAACCCAAGAAAGCUAUUGACCUUUUCGAUGAAGACGAUGAGGAUGGUGAUAUAUUCAGUGAGAAGUACAGUGCGCCAGCUCAGAGCAAGAAGGAGGUAGUGGAAGAGCACGUUCAGCCUCCUGAGAAAAAGAUGCCGGCAGGGGCAAUCUCCAUGUUUGGUCCUGGGACUAAAAGCUUGCUCAGUGAGGGCCUGAAAAAGCGCCAUCCGUCUACCAGCGAGGAGUCUGAGAAAUCUGAAGAGAAUGGGUCUGCUCCAGAUGUUGGGAAGGCAGCUGUCAAGCAGACUCAGAAACCCCAAACCAGAGGUCUUUUCUCUGAUGAUGAAGACACACAGGGAUUCCCAACCACCCCUAAGAGCCAGUCUAAGCCUGAACCUAUAAGCCAGAGCAAAACCAGCAAGGCCCCAUUGUCAUUAUUUGACGAUGAGGAAGAAGAGGAUCUAUUCGCAUCUGCAGCUAAAUCUAAACCAAAACCUAAUCAAGCUAAAGCCUCCACACCGCAACCCAGUAAGGCUGUGUCCAGCUCCCUCUUCAGUGAUGAUGAGGACCAGUGGAUGAGUUCUAGUAGUGCAGGGAAGCCAGAGGUCAAGACGGGAGGGAUGAAGCCCAGUGUCAGUGCCCCCUCCAGCCUCCCCAGUGCCAGAACGUCUCACAAAAGCAGCCUCUUUGAUGACGACGAUGACCUGUUUGCUCCAACAAAAGAGUCAAGUCAAAAGAAGCCUCAGAGAGUUGCUCUCUUGUUUGAAGAUGAGGGUAAUGAUGAUGAAGAUAAAGGAUCCCUCUUUGGCAUCAAACCUGCUGUCAACACAAACACUGCAGCCCCAGCUGCUAGAACUCCUGCCGUGGCCUCUCAGUCGCCCUCCCUGAUGGAGAGAUCAGAGGAGGUUGCAGUUUCUAGGACAGCAGCAAAGGACAAACCUUCAGAGCAGGAGAAGCCAGCGGCAAAGACCCCUGAGCCCCUCCCGUCAUCGCCCUCGCCAGAGAGCGGUGACAGUAAAAAGAAGCCUGCUGGAGCAGUCAGUCUUUUCGGAGGCAUCAACGUUCUUGCCAACAAGCAGACAAAGAGCCCGUUGGAUGAAGAUGACAAUGAUGACAGCUUCCUCUCUAAGGACAGCCCACCACCAAAUGUUAAGAAGGAGGAGAAAAAGGAAGAGAAAGUCAAAACAAACACUGUUAGUCUAUUUGAUGAUGAGGAGGAAGAUGAGUCAGACUGGAAUGAUCCGAUAUUCACACCCAGUAAACCCACAGCAAGAAACACACUAAAGCCUACAGAGGAGCGACCACAAGCAACAAGCACAGGCGUGUUCCAAGAUGAAGAGCUGCUGUUCAGUCAGACGCAGCAGAAGGACAAUGACCCAGAUGUUGACCUCUUUGCCACCUCAGGGAAAGCUGCAAGCUCCAAGCUCAGCUCAGUGAAGCCAGCAGCGCAAAGUCUGUUUGCAGAUGACGAUGAGGAUGACCUCUUCAGCUCCAUUAAGUCAAAAGCUCCUCCACCGAAAGUAGCAGAGAAACCCAGUAAACCUAAUGACAGAGCACCGCUAGCAAGUCCAGAAUCCGUAUCAGAGAUUCAGAAACCCGCACCAAGCCCUGUAAAACCUAAAGAUUCCUCCUCAAGGAUUGGGAAACUUCAAGCCAAUCUGAUGAUCAACCCUGCUGCGUUGCUUCCUGGUGCUGUCCCCAGUCUGCCAGGGGCCAUAAGUGUACCCCCUGGCAUGGGCCCUAGUUCCUCCUCUGGGGUGUCCAGCUCCAGCCUGACCCCCAGCCCUGCCACAACCCCUGUAGGAGCCCAGACAGAACGCGAGGGAGCAGUGAGCUUUGACUCCCCGGUCCAGGUUGAGACACUGCAGAGUGCACACAAGAGUCGUGUCAAAGGUUCUCUACAACGGAGACCCCAGUCCAGAGCAGCGAGGCAGCAAGCAGCCCAAAGAUCUGUAGUGGAUACAGAAGAGACCCUGGAUGGAGAUGUCCCUGGGCCAAAACCCAGUCUGUCUGGUUCAGUCUUGCCUCCACCAGACAAGUCCAGCCAGACGCCUGUCAGUCCGACACAGUCUAACUCAGCAGCAAACACAGCCUUGCCCGCCUCCUCAUCUUCUCAUUCUUCUCUCUCUGAAACUUCCCCAAGACCCUUUUCACUGACACUGCCAGUAUCCGCAAACGCUGGAAAGAAAGACUCUAGUAAAGACAGCAGCAGUACCAAGGUGCUGCCAUCUUCUGACGAGGAUGAUCUUUUUGGCUCCGACGGUCUGUUUGGGGCCACCUCAGUCUCUAACACGCCCUCCACCAGACCAGCCACCAAGACUACACCACCUCAGUCCAGUAGCGAUGUGGGAUUGAAGAAAGACCAAGACAAAAGCACACUCCCGUCCAUUUUUGAUGACAACACCGAUGACCUUUUCCAAAAGGUCAAGCCAAGGUCAACCACUAAGAAAGCAACGGCCUCCUCCUUUUUGGAAGAUGAUGAUGAUAAGGACAUCUUUGGAGUGAGCAACAGCUCCACUCCCACAUCCACAAGUAGCAAAGAAAUCAAGAGCAGCAGUAGUUUUUCAAAGCCGGACAUCUUCAAGGAUGAAGUAGCCACUGUGCCUAAAGUUCACAAGAAGCACAAAGAGAAGACCGUUGAUGCCAGCUUGUUCGAUGACAACAUAGACAUUUUUGCUGACCUGACAGACACUUUAAAGCCAAAACAGAAGUCCAAGACAAAGGGAGAGACCAAGUCAAUAUUUGAUGAUGACAUGGACGACAUCUUCUCACCAAGCACAGUAAAACCAGUCACGAAGGCCCCCCAAAAAUCAAAGAAAACGCCACUGUCUCAGGAGACCAGUACAGCAGCGGAUUCAAGCAACAUAUUUGACGAUCCACUUAAUGCUCUCGGUGGGAACUGAACUGUUGUUUCUGAGUAGCCAGAUUUGUACAAUUGUGGAUUCAUUCUUUUGCCAUUUGGAUCGCUGAAAGAUUGGAGAUCGGAUACACUGUUGAUAGAGUAUUUAUUCAUAUGAAUUCAUAUAAAUACUGUGGCUUAUUUUUGGCGUAUAUUCUCAAAUGAAAAUGAUUCCAGUUAUCAUCCGACGGCAUCAUCUCUGCAUCAGAUCAUAUUAUGUAACAGUUAUUAUAUACUGUUCAUCUUUAUUAUACAUGAUAGCACUUUAUAAGCAUACCAUAUGCUUAGCCUCAAAGCCUGCAGAAAUUAACAGUAAAUUGUUUUGUUUGUUUUGAAGAUGUUUAUCCUUUUGGCUUUUCCAUGUUGAGAUUCCAUGUCUUUGAGUUUGUGCCAUAUCAUGGUUAUGAGAAAUCAAUGUGUUUACUUACUGUCUUAGGCAUUUUGACAAUGUUUUUAUUAAUAAGAAAUUCAUCAAUUUCUUAACUUUGGCUGUGAUGAAAAAGGAAAUUCAUUUUUAAUAACUAAAAAGAAACAUAUUUUA